CUCUGUGGUAACCUGUGUGAGUACACGGUCCCGGCUGUCGGGGGAGUCUCUUCGGUCCCAGGGACUGCAGUACAGACGGGGAAAGAGUCCCAGAGCCGGAGACAGCCCAUGGCCAGAACUGUCCCCAAGUGUAGCGUCUGCUGGCUGAGUCACUCGCUGCUGUGGUGUUCUGCGUGUGGCGGCAAAAUUCAGCAGCCCUGCAAAUCGGCUGCAUCUCGAUCUGGGAUGGAGCAGCAGGAUGGGGCGGGGAGCCCCGAGGACAGCCAGGAGGAAGAGGAGGAGCAGGCAGCACCCCAUGUGAGCUUCUCUCAGUUCUCCUCCAAGCUCACGGCCAUGAUGCGAAUCCGCAACAAGUACCUGGCGCUGAAGAGGCGGCGGGCGGAGAUGGCGGCUAGCCUGGCGUCCCAAGGGGCUGUCCCGCCACGCUCCACCAGCCCCAAGAUCUUCACCUUCGACGGCGUGAUGACUGGCAGCCUGGCCUUCCCGCGAAAGAGGAAGAAGAGGAAGAAGAGGCGGGUCCUCUACCCUAGCGGCUAUAAGCCGCAGACCAGGCCCGCCAAGGAGAGGAGCCGCGCAAAGAGCUGCCUGCUCCUGCUCAUGUUCAUCGUCUUCCUGCAGGUCUACAAUGCCAUCGAGAACCUGGACGACCACCUGCUCAGGUACGACCUGGAGGGGCUGGAGAAGACCGUGAAGCGGGAGGUGUUUGGCCAGCGGGAGGCCGGUGAGCAGCUGCUGGAGCACCUGGGGGACUACCUGUCCACCUACGUCCACAACAAGCCCCUGGUCCUGUCCCUGCACGGCCCCACAGGGGUGGGGAAGAGCCACCUGGGCCGCAUCCUGGCACGCCACUUCCGCUCGGUCCUCGGCGAGCAGCUGGUCCUGCAGUACUUUGCACUCCACCACUGCCCCCUGGAGGGGGAGGCCCAGAACUGCGCCCAGGACCUGUCCCACAGCGUGUCCCAAACGCUGAUGCUGGCCGAGGAGGAGGAGAAGAUUCCCGUCUUCAUCUUCGAUGAGGUGGAGUUCAUGCACCGGCCGCUCCUGGAUGUGCUCCACCACCUCUCCCGCCCGGGCCAAUCCGCCGAGUUCCUCAACGCCAUCUACGUGCUCAUCGGGAACCUCGGCCACGAGGAGAUCACCAAGUUCAUCCUGCACAACUCCUCCAGCGAGGCCUCCAUGGGCCAGGCCAGGCUGGGCCAGGACUUUAGGCCAGUGCUGCGAAGCGCCCUGGAGAAGCACCACCCCCUGUGGGGCGAGGCGGAGACUGAGCUGGUGCCCCUCGCCCUGCUGGAGAAGAGCCACGUCAUGGACUGCUUCCUGGACGAAAUGACGCGGGAGGGCUUCUACCCCGACCACGCCCACAUCGAGCGCCUGGCGGCGGAGAUCGCUUACCACUCUGUGGGGCAGAGGCAGUUUUCCCAGACAGGGUGCAAGCACGUGGUGGCCAAAGUCAACCUACUGUGAGACCUCUUAAUGAAGGUGUGUGAAGAAGGCAAAUGUGUGCGUAUGCCUGUGCAUGUGUGUGCGUGUCUACAACACUAUUACUGCACCACUAAACAUUCCGGAUAGGGAUUACUCCACCACUAAACACUCCGGACAGGGAUUACUGCCCCACUACCUACUCCACACAGGGAUUACUCCACCGCUACCCACUCCGGACAGGGAUUACUCCACCGCUACCCACUCCGGACAGGGAUUACUGCCCCACUACCCACUCCACACAGGGAUUACUCCACCGCUACCCACUCCGGACAGGGAUUACUCCACCGCUACCCACUCCAGAUAGGGAAGUCACUAGAUUCCCACUGAGCCACCUCAAAAUGGGGGAGCUGUCAUGGCAACCAGAGACAGGGUGAGAUAGGGGAGCCCUGUGCUUGCAGGGGUCUCUAAAUGUGCUGGGGGAGGGAGAACAUGACAAGGCUUUUCAUUUCCAGAUCCAUAAGAACAAAAUUUUACUGCGCUAUACAAGUGUAUGAAACACAGCUGUAAAAACAUCUGACCUACCUUCAGACUUUCUAAACCUAAUACACACUGAUGAAUGUGUGAUUGCAUGAAGAAUUACAGUAUUACUGCUAUUUGGUAAAUGGUAAAUGGACUGCAUUUUAUAUAGAGCUUUUAUCCAAAGCGCUUUACAAUUGAUGCCUCUCAUUCACCCAUUCACACACACACUCACACACCAGUGGUGAAAGGCUGCCAUGAAAGGUACCAAUCAGCUCGUUGGGAGCAAUUAGGGGUUAGGUGUCUUGCUCAGGGACACUUCGACAUGCCCAGGGCAACCCUCCGACUGCCAGACAACCUUACCUCCUGAGCUAUGUCCCCCCUAUUUCCAUAACAAAACAGUUACAUCGCUAUAGUGUGCACUGGCUGCUGCCAGUGUUUGGACACGACCAGCUGUUGCCAUGUGUCUGGGUGAUUGACAGUUCUUGACUAUUGCUGUAUGCUCAUGUGAAGGAUUGAUUUUCUGUUGCUAUGGCUGAUUAGAAGCUGUUGCUUUACGAGAAAUGAGUGCCUGACAGCACUGUGUGUUGAGGAGAUUUGCAGCCUGUUCUGAAAACUGUGUGCUUCCAAGAAAGGAAACAACAGGAGCCACAUCUUCAAAUCACCAGGACUUCAAGCUUUCAGAAAACCCAGUGUGGAUAGCCUGUCUGACUUUAGCGUGAUUGUGUAGUGAUCACCGUAAACAGCAUUCUCCUGUGAAACACACGGGCAACCUGCUGACCUUUUCACACCAGAGCCAGACAGGAGUCGGAUCAACCAGCAGGGGUCGCUGGUGAGUGACGAGACUUGGUCAUCCUGGCCAAAUUAAUGUGUCAACUCGAGUGGCCAGCCGUAGUCAACACAAGUACGAUCCGGAUUCCAUACUAGACUGUGGUUGGCUGGCUACUGGAACAGUGCCUUUAAGAUUGUCACUUUGGAAAGGGCGUAUGAAUGAAAUUGAUUAAACUUUGUGUUUCAAGAUAA